UACUUCUUCAUUCUUAUCUGAGAUUUCCUUCAGGCUUUACGAGCUCCGUCUUUGGUUGUCUUCUCAUGUGUAGCCUUUGAUUCUUCUUUGGCUUUUAUGUGCUUGGGAUUGUUGCUUUCCAUCUUCCUUCCUUCUUGAGCCUUGACGCCUUCCGUUUGCCUGGAUUUGCUUUCAUUUGUGCUUCCGUCCCGCCGCCCUUGCCCUCGGAGGGCUCGGGACGCCGUUGAGGGCGCGGCACGGCUGUGGCAAUCGAUACUGCGGGGCGGGGCGGGGCCGUGCACUUUAUGGCCCCCGACAGAGGGCAAAGUCUUUUGGCGCCGACACGGCUGUUGUCAUUGUGCGUUACUUGGUCAACUUGCUCUCUGUCUCGGCUAUUCUUCUUUUUGCUGAGCGUUGUCGGCGAACGACGAGCAUGUCUACGGCGGUGGAGGCGACGGGCUUCGUCAUGAGCCUGCUGAGCUGGCUGCUGACGGGCGUGGCGCUAGCCAACGACUACUGGAAGAUCUCCACUGUGGCAGGGAGCGUCAUCAUCUCGCAGCGGCAGUUUGAGAACCUGUGGCACUCGUGUGCCGAGAACAGCGCUGGCAUCGCCGAGUGCAGGGACUUUGAGUCCUUGCUCUCGCUUCCCGGUCACGUCCAGGCGUGCCGCGCCUUGAUGAUCGUGUCUUUGCUGCUGGGUUUGGGGUCCAUGGUGGUUUCUCUGCUGGGCCUCAAGUGCAUCAAGAUCGGCUCCGCCGGGGACGAAUCCAAGGCUAAGAUGGCCGUCACCGGAGGCAUCCUCAGCAUCCUGGCCGGUCUUUGCUGCCUGACGGCGGUGUCGUGGUACGCCAACAUGGUGGUGCAGGACUUCUACAACCCGCUCUUCGUGGGCGCCAAGUUCGAGAUGGGCGUGGGCCUCUACCUGGGCUGGGGGGCCGCCUGCCUCGCCGUGCUGGGGGGCGGCUUGCUGUGCACCGCCUGCAGGAGGGGGUCGCCCGCUGCCCACAAAAGCGGUUACGGCAGCAGUUCUGCAGCCAAGGUGUACAAGGCUUCACCCAGGUCGGAGGCGGAGACAGCACGAGCUUACGUCUGAAGUGACUUGCAAACAAUUUUGCUCGGAUGAAUAAAGAAGCGCUUUGUCUUUUCAAGA